AUUCUAGUUAACCAUAAACCGACUUACACAAACACGAAACCGACUUCAAUCCAUGUAACUUUUCGAUCAAACGGUUGAGUUUUUUAAAUUACAUACGGUGGAACCCUAACGAAGAACAUGGAUGCUACUAGCAGCGUAUCAAUGGAGUCAAUCAUGGAGAGAUUAUCGCAUCUGGAAAACCUCUACUUCCCUAGGGCUCAACAACCGUCCGCUCUCCUUCCCUCGCAACGUAAAUCUAUCCUCCGUGAUCUCUACUCUCGUAACGUCCCUGUUUUCUUAGAGCGCUAUGGAUCACUACUUACAUUGGAGGAGCUUAAAGAAUUCGAUACACUAAGUGACGAUUAUGAAAUCAACUGGCAUCUAAAUCAUCUACGAAGCUUAAUUAAUCCAACAUCCGAGGAUUUGAAGUCAAGGUCCGCAAAGGUUAAGAACCGGAGGCGUGCAUUCAUGGAUAGAUUAAUGUUCGAUGGGAAAUUCUUUUCUGAAGAGUCAAUGAGGGAUAGAGAACCCUACUUGCACCAUGAGUUUGUCGGGAAAUUUCAAGACCAAAGUGGAAGACAGAUGUCUCGGCCCGGAGAACGAUGGUCCGAGACAUUGUUGAGAAGGGCCGAGGAAGCAGAGUUGGUCGAAAAGAUUAGACGGGAACAGCAGAGAUUGGGCGUUGAUGAGCGGGAAUGGGUUGGGAACGAACGACAAGAAGAAGAACAAGAAGAAGAGGAGGAGGAGGAAGAAGAGGAAGAGGAAGAUGAUGACGAAGACGGGAAACAGGUUAACAACGACAAGGGUAGUUUAGUAAAUGAACGGUCGAUGGGGGGUACUAGUUUAUCAGCUGAAGAGAUGCAAGAUCGAAUGGAGCAAUUUACGCAUGUGAUGCAACAGAAGUUUCUUGCAGGUGAAGAUGAUGAACAUUUUAAUUACUCCAGUAUUGAUGAUGAUGUGACAUUGGAUGAUCACUGGAUGAGGGAAGCUACUUAUGAUGCUGAAGAGAAGUAUUUUGCUGAUGUUUGAUAUAUCAAGGUUUUUAGUCUCGUAUUUGUGCUGAUCUGAUGCUACUGUAAUUACUUUCGUCUUAGCCAACGUUCGUUACAACUUUUUUUAGUGUGUAGUGAACUUAUAUUCCCCAAAAGUAGAAAUAUUCUUGUUAUUGCU